AUGUUCUCUCUUUCCGUUUUUGUUUUCCUCGCACUUUCCGACUUUGCCCAAACCUAUUCGGACGGAACCAAAGAGCUGGUUUUAGUGCAGACGGUGAGCUUUUAGGAUCAAAGUUUAAUGCGUUUCAAGAGAGAGAGUAUUGUAGUUGUGGAGGCACGGAGAUCGGUCGCCAACGAAGACGUUCCCGUCGGAUCCGUUCCAAGAGGAUGCGUGGACGUUCGGAGGCACCGGAUGGGGACAGCUCAGUCCGGUAAGUGAGCAACUUAUGGAUCUGGUAACUUACUAGUAACUUCCUCAGGCUGGAAUGAGACAACACCUGAACCUCGGAAAGAAGCUCCGUCAGCGCUACGUGAGCGACUACCAGUUCCUCCCGCCCAGGUAUAAUUCCAAGCAGGUACCCUUCCGGUUACUGUACCUUCUUCCCCAACGUGUUCUUUCAGAUCUACGUCCGUUCCACCGACGUCAACCGAACGAUCAUCUCGGCAAUGUCGAACCUCAUCGGCCAGUACACUCAGACCGAAUACAACCUGCCGGACGUGGACUAUCCGGACAUUGACGGAUGGCCGAAGGGAUACGUGCCGAUUGCUGUGCAUACUGUGGACGACGACACCGAUCGGGUGAGUACUGUCGCCGAGGAGAGGCUACAAUAAUCCUAUUAGUGUCCCGGCUGUAAAGUGAAAUGACGAAAUGAUAAUAGGAGAGUGCUUAGUAAGAGUAAGAGGCUUAUGGAGUGAAAGGGUGGCAAAAGUGACUAACUCAGAAGCUUUCGUAAUAAUGAAAAUGAAAGUGCCAAUUUCAGCUGGGAAAUAUGGAAUCCGACUGUCCGUUGCGUACGCAAGUCUGGAAUUUGGCCAAGACUUCCGAUGAGAUCACAAACUUUGUGAAUUCGGACGAAGUACGUCGUUCUGUCCAUGACUUUCUCGCAUUUUCCGUCGCUAUUUCAGGUGAAAUCGGUGCUUGGAAACUUGACAAACUUCUGCAAUGAGACGGUCGACAUUGAUAACUUGUGGGUUAUCACCAAUGCUCUCUACAUUGAGGUAAGAGGAGCAAAGAACGGAGCUAGUCAUCGUGGAAAGCGGGUAUUUUGCAGCAACUCUACUUCAAUGACACGUUGCGAACAAAUAACACCUGGUUUUCGGAUGAAUUGUAUGCUCGUGCGGACGCCAUUAACGAUCAAGUUCAGUUGUUCGAGAAUGGAAUCUUCAAGAGUACCCCUUUCGCUUCACGCCCGCGCACUUAUAAGACUCUUUUUCAGGCAGCCCGAAUGUGGUAAACGGACACGACGUGGGGCUCCUGACGCGUAAGCUCAGGGGAGGUCCGAUUCUGAACGACAUGGUGAUGCACAUGAACUUGAAGUUGAGCUGCAUGGGACAAACCACCGCCAACUGCACGUGGAUCAACAACCUGUUGAACUACAUUUACUCGGCUGUAAGAACAUUAUCCGGCCAGAAUUCGAUUUAAACAUGCUCAAUAUUCCAGCACGACACCACCAUCUACGCAUUCUUCUCCGCGCUUCUCAUCGAAGAGUACGCGGUGAAGCCGGCCGGAGGCUAUCCUCUUUAUUCGGCCGCCGUGCUUCUGGAGCUCUAUGUGGACAGGGAUGACGGCAACAAACCCUACUUCAAAAUGGUUUAUCACGAGCAGGAAGGAGCCGGAUUCAACGAUGUGACGAAGGGAAUUCAAGGGUGUCCGAGCGACAGUCCUUAUUGUCCCUUUGGAUAUUCUCAGGGACUUUGCCAAGACUGUCGCCGCCGAUCAGCCAGUUGAUCAGGUAAAUAAAAUCAAUGAGAAGAGACACAAAGUUCGAAUUUCAGUGGUGCUACACUGAUCUCAAUGGAUUCGCCGGAACGUCUUCUCUUUCCAUGCUUCUCAUGGCGAUGCUUUUGGCUGUUUAUGGACUCUUCUAA